GCGGGCGCCGGGUUUUUCCUGGCCGGUGGCCCGCCACCGACUGGCCUACACGUACGCCACCGCGGCCUUCGAGCUCCGUUGCCCGCCCGCCCCGCGCCGAGUAAAAACGGGGGAGUUGGUGUGGGUGGGAGGGGAUGGAUCAUUGGACCCGCGGGCCGGACCGGGAGGCAGGCGGGACAAGAUAGAGAGAGGGAAAGGCAGGGACCUUAUCGGCAGCGCCACCCCCCCAUCCCUCGGCGUCCCCUCGGCUCUCUCCCCCCUCCCUCUCCUCUCGCCCUGCCUGCCUUUAAUUCGAGGGCCGCGCACGCCGCACGCCCCCUCCUCCCUCCCUCAGGCGAGAGGGUACGGUGGCUAGUCCGACCCCCCCCCCCCCCCCGGCCCGUGCCUGCCUUGUAGCAGCCACCGCAUCCAGCCUCCCGCCGCCACGUCUAGGCCCUUCUCCUUCUAGAUCCCGGCCGCGCGCGACUGGCAGCUCCUGCGCCUAGCUAUAAACGCACGGCCUCUCCUAACUAAUCAGCAUCCUCUCGCUUGCUGCUGCCGAUCGAGAGGGGGCGGGUUGUGUUCAACUCGGUUAGUUUAGGAGGCAGCGAGCCGGCCGGCGAGGUUGCUAAAGCUACAGCGUCGUCGUCGAGGAGAUCGAAGCUCGCUCGCUUCUGCAGGAGGCAGGUCUAGGCAGCACACCAGCCAGCGGCGGUGUGGUGGUGAGGGCGAGGAAGGACGGAGCUGCUUCUGCACACGCGAGGAGCGCGGCUGAUCGAGACCGUGAAGCUGGCGGCCGGCAAGUGGUGGGAGCGGCCAGAUGACACGGCCAUGCCCGGAAUAGACCCCGGCGGAGGCGGCAGCUCGCGCUAUUUCCACCAGCUGCUCCGGCCGCAGCAGCCCUCGCCGCUGUCGCCCAACUCCCACGUCAAGAUGGAGCACCACAAGAUGUCGCCCGACAAGAGCCCGGUCGGCGGCGAGGCCGAGGCGGGCGGCAGCGGGAGUGGCCCCGGCGGCGGUGACCAGCCGUCCUCGUCGGCCAUGGUCCCGGCGGAGGGUGGCAGCGGAGGCAGCGGGUCGGGCGGGCCCACGCGGCGGCCGCGCGGGCGCCCGCCGGGCUCCAAGAACAAGCCCAAGCCGCCCAUCAUCGUGACGCGCGACAGCCCCAACGCGCUGCACUCGCACGUCCUCGAGGUCGCCGCCGGCGCGGACGUCGUCGACUGCGUCGCCGAGUACGCGCGCCGCCGGGGCCGCGGCGUGUGCGUGCUGAGCGGCGGGGGCGCCGUCGUAAACGUGGCGCUCAGGCAGCCGGGCGCGUCGCCCCCCGGGAGCGUGGUGGCCACGCUGCGGGGCCGGUUCGAGAUCCUCUCCCUCACCGGCACGGUGCUGCCCCCGCCAGCUCCCCCCGGCGCGAGCGGCCUCACCGUCUUCCUCUCCGGCGGGCAGGGCCAGGUCAUCGGCGGGAGCGUCGUGGGCCCGCUGGUGGCCGCGGGCCCCGUCGUUUUGAUGGCGGCGUCGUUCGCGAACGCCGUGUACGAGCGGCUGCCGCUGGAAGGGGAAGAAGAGGAGACAGCAGCGGCCGCCGCCGGAGCGGAACCGCAAGAUCAAGUGGCGCAGUCGGCGGGACCCCAAGGGCAGCAGCCGACGGCCUCCCAGUCCUCUGGUGUGACCGGAGGCGACGCGGGCGGCGGCGGCAUGUCGCUCUACAACCUCGCCGGGAAUGUAGGGGCCUACCAGCUCCCAGGAGACAGCUUCGGAGGCUGGAGUGGAGGCGGCGGCGUCCGGCCACAGUUCUGAUCCAAUUCUCAUCGUCGACAUGAAGACGUACAUCACCAAGAUUCAAACGGUGCGGAAGCUAGGCUUGCUAUCCAGAACUCAGACAUGCAUGCUGGGAUUGUUCAUUGGAGAGAUCGACCUUUCAUCUGGAUGCUGCUAGAAUACAGUGCAUGUGUUUGCACACGAGGAGGAUGCAUUGGAAAUCAUCUGGGCGUUUAAAAAAAGAGAGUAGUGGUGGUUAAUCAAGGACAAGAGGAAAGCUAGAGAUGGAUUCAUGCAAGAGCUAGCUCAAACUAAAGGUCAGUGAGAUCCGAUGUUUUGUGUUUCCAGCGUUUUGUUUAUCCCAUUUUGAUUUGUAAUGUGAUAUUAUAUUCUGAUUGUAUCUUGCUGUAGAAUGAUGUUUCUAUUAUAACCAUUUGCUUCGUUCUCUCUACAA